CCUCGCAUAUAGUCGCAUUCUUUGGACUGUAACGAACGAGUUGAAUCUGUGAGAUCGCCGAAUAUGUCUUCCACUUCUCUCUUCUCUGUCAAGUCCAACUUCUCCGCCGUCGAAGCCCUAGCCCUAACGCCCCGCCCUUCCCCUGCCGCUUCUCCGCCGGCAACUUCUCUUCACUUCAAUGGCGGAGCCUCGAUCUCCCGAUCCGAGGUCCUCCGAGUCUGCAACGCUAGCUCGCGUCUCCAUCCGAUCAGAUGCUCUUCUUCAUCUGCUCCAUCUUUAGAUUCUUCAGUAGAUCAGUUGACAAAGUUCAAGGAAGCAGCGGGAAAGGGAAAUUUAGUUCCUCUGUACAGAUGCGUGUUCUCGGAUCAUUUGACUCCCGUACUUGCUUACCGAUGUUUGGUGAAAGAGGACGAGAGAGAUGCUCCAAGCUUCUUGUUCGAGUCGGUGGAGCCUGGUUUGGAAGCUUCCAAUAUCGGAAGGUAUAGUGUAGUUGGAGCUCAGCCUACAAUAGAAAUCGUGGCGAAGGGAAAUGUCGUUACGGUUAUGGAUCACGGAGCAGGGCAUAGGACGGAGGAGGUGGUAGAAGAUCCGAUGAUGGUUCCUCAAAAGAUAAUGGAGGCUUGGAAUCCACAGCGCACUGAUGAGUUGCCGGAAGCCUUCUGUGGUGGUUGGGUUGGAUAUUUCUCAUAUGAUACCGUGCGUUACGUUGAGAAGAAGAAGCUGCCUUUCUCGAAUGCUCCGGAGGAUGAUAGGAACCUUCCUGAUGUUCAUUUGGGCCUUUAUGAUGAUGUGAUCGUGUUUGACCACGUCGAGAAGAAAGCAUAUGUAAUCCAUUGGGUGCUGAUAGAUAAGAAUCGUUCCAUUGAAGAGAACUUCACUGAUGGAAUGAGUCGGUUGGAAUCCCUAUUGUCUAGAAUUCAAGACCAAAAGCUCCCAAGGAUGCCUAGUGGUCUUAUAAAGCUACAGACCCAACUAUUUGGUCCUAAAUUGAAGAAAUCAAGUAUGACAAAUGAGGCAUACAAGAAAGCAGUAUUAGAAGCCAAAGAACAUAUCCUGGCUGGAGACAUUUUCCAGAUAGUUCUUAGUCAGCGAUUUGAGAGGCGGACAUUUGCGGACCCAUUUGAGAUCUACAGAGCCUUGAGGAUUGUUAAUCCAAGUCCUUAUAUGGCUUAUUUGCAAGCGAGAGGAUGCAUAUUAGUCGCUUCAAGUCCAGAAAUCUUGUUACGUUCAAAAAAUAGGAAAAUCACCAAUAGACCUCUUGCUGGAACUGUCAGACGAGGAAAGACACCCAAGGAAGAUGUAAUGCUGGAGAAAGAGCUUUUGAGCGAUGAAAAACAGUGUGCAGAACAUAUUAUGCUUGUUGACUUGGGUAGAAAUGAUGUCGGCAAGGUAUCGAAGGCCGGCUCUGUGAAAGUUGAGAAGCUCAUGAACAUAGAACGGUAUUCACAUGUCAUGCACAUAAGCUCCACGGUGACAGGUGAACUGCUUGACGAUCUAACAAGUUGGGACGCUCUUAGAGCAGCACUUCCCGUCGGAACAGUCAGCGGAGCUCCUAAGGUGAAAGCCAUGGAGCUAAUAGACGAAGUGGAGGUGACAAGGCGUGGACCAUACAGCGGAGGCUUCGGAGGUAUAUCCUUCAGCGGAGACAUGGACAUUGCCCUUGCUUUAAGGACUAUGGUCUUCCCCACCAAUUCUCGCUUCGACAUCAUGUACUCUUACAAGCAUCCUCAGAAACGGCGCGAAUGGAUCGCUCAUAUUCAGGCCGGGGCCGGGGUCGUGGCCGACAGUGACCCCGAUGACGAGCAGAGGGAAUGCGAGAACAAGGCCGCGGGUCUGGCCCGAGCCAUUGACCUGGCCGAGUCUUCCUUUCUUGGAACCGACACUCCCCAGAUAAAUAACGCGUGAGUAAACUAGACGUAUUAUCGUCUUCUUUAGAUUCAAUCGUCCACGGAAGCUCUGAAACUUUCAGACAUGAGGACAAGGUUUGAGAUAUCUGUCUUGUUUCUAUAUUAUAGCUUGUUGAGAAGCAAUAUCUGCCAAAAUAAUUUAUUCGAAGGUAGAAAUGCAAUUUCAAUUUAAGAACAGCGAUACGGUAGACUUUUUAUGGGUGUUUUGAAUCGUUUUCUUUUUUUGUUUUCUA